AGGAGCUGGUGGCCGGGGCUGGCGAACUGCAGCUGACGCGGGUCUCCAGGACUUACACCGGCACCUUCUCCGUCCUCGCCUCCAGCCCCAAAGGCUUCGUCAACGCAUCCUUCUUCCUCAAUGUUCUCUAUGGACCAGACCAAUUGAUGUCGGAGGAACAGGUGACGGUCAAAGAGGGCGCCACCGCCUCCGUCGAGUGUACAGCUAAGGGCAACCCGUCACCUACCCUCACCUGGACCAGAGACGCCCACUCACAGAACAGCACUGGACAGUCGCUGGGCUCGGGUGUGGGCGUCGCUUACCUUGUGGUGGAGUCAGCAUCAUCGUCAGACACGGGCAUGUACUAUUGCCACGCCUCCAACGUCGUCACCACUGCCACUCCCGCCAGGACUAAGUUCAUCGUCAUGCAGCCGGCGAGGGAGGCGGAGGAAGACGUGGUUGGUAGGAAGGGAUCGUGGGCGUCUGUGGGUGGCAGUGGGCAUCUGGUGUGUCGUGUGAGGGCCGCCCCUGAUCCCUCUUUUAUUUGGUCUACUCCUGAGGGCAUCCGCUUAGAGACGGGUGGUAGCUACAUCAUCCAGCAUCCACAGUUAAUGGAUGGGCUAACACUAUGGUCGUCGGUACUGGAGGUGGAGGAGGUAACGAGACAGGACUACGGUGUUUACCAUUGUACAGCCAACAACCACCUGGGCAGUGUGACCGUCGACCGUACCCUCAACCCGCCCACACGCCCACACCCGCCCCUCAGUCUUACCGUAAGUAGCCCCUAA